GGCGACAGGUUUUUUUUAGUCUCUCAGAUAAUCACGAUCGCGAAUUUGAAUUGACGAGAAUAGAAAGAAGUGUGCAUAUACAUAGUCGGGACAUUGCGCUAGUAUCUAUUUUUAGAACGACCUGCAAAUAUGUGUAAUGGAAAAAACGAAGGAGAAUUUACUCGUCGUGUAAAUCGUUGUCGAAUAUUAAUACAUCGUAGACGUCGUUAUUCCAAUUCAACGUCUUGCUUCUGCUAUAUUUUUGAAAUGCCGAUUCAUAUUUGAUGUUACCAGCAAUUGUCUCUGCGUAUAAAUAUAGUCUAGACUCCGCUUUGUGUUCAUUUUCAAGCGGUGUUAUGACGAGUAAGGGUUACACACGAAAAAGGACUACAAAAAACCUCUCUGGUUGCAGCGAAACCCAACCAAUCGAUAUUGCGGAUAAACUUAUGCCAUUUCGCAUAUUUUUUCAAGUAACCUGAGAAACCUCUCUCCCCCCUCUUCCUAACGUCAUUCAUUAAUGACUUCAUUAAAAUAUACGGGUCGAUGUUUUUCGCAAGACUCGUACUGCAGUGUUUGAGACGCAAACAUAACCUACAAAUGUUCGUUUCGAAGUAUCCGUAAACAAGAGGGUCGAAAAGUUGUGCUGCAUUUUCAAGAAUAUUCAAAACAACUACCAUUGUUUCGCAAAAAAACCUGCGUAACUAGACCUCAAGUUAUUAGAUUCCGUGAUGAAUCGAUAUUUUUGAAACCUCAAAAGGGUCUCUACCAGUUUGUGCUAUGUGACUGUCCAGUGUUUACAUCGAGUAGACGUAAUUCGAAGGGAUUGCUCAAUGAAAGGAAUUUGCUGAGUUCACAAUACAUUUGAAUGACAAAAACUAGUUGACUCAAAUUUCAUUUGAAUUGAUUGAACGUUAAACUGAAAAUGUCGGACGAUGAGGAUUACAUGUCGGACAAGUUUCUCCAAGCGAUAGAGAAAUGCCCAGCUCCCAGUCUUAUAUAUCGUCAAUCAGAAAAACGACGUUUGGAAGUUUUGAAAAGGAAAGCUGAAGCGGAAACCAAGAUGAAAGACAAAAAUAAAUCUCUGCGUGUUAUAGAGCAGGAAAAAAGGGAAGAAGGUUUAUCAUCAGCAAUAUCCUCUAGUAACAAAGGUUUUGAGAUGUUGAUGAAAAUGGGUUACAAACCGGGUCAAGGAAUUGGAAAAACCGAAUCAGGAAUAUCAGAGCCAAUAGGGAUUGACAUUAAAGGAAAUAGAAUGGGAUUGGGGAAAACCGUUGUGAAAAAAUCAGUAAAGAAAUCUAAUCCAGUUGAGAAAUUGGAGAGCAUGAAAACGGACGAUUUUCGUGUUCGUCUGGCACAGCGAAAGGCGGAACAGUUAGCCGAAGUGGAUUUGUUAAAAAGUCAAAGAGUUUGUGAACAGCUCGAUGCCCAAAAACAGAUUGUUGAACCACGUGAAAUUUGGUUUUGGCCUAUUGUGAAGAAAAGCAAAGAGAGCGAUGACGAAAGUGAGAGUGAGACAGAGCAACACGAGAAUGAGGAAGAUGACGAAAUAGAAAAGCUUACAACGACAGAAAAGUUGGAAAUAUUAACGAAAUAUUUGAGGGAUAAGUAUUUUUAUUGCACAUGGUGUGGUGCAACGUUCGAGGAUGAAGAUGAUUUGCGUGACAGUUGUCCGGGCAGUACGAGAAACGACCACUAAAACAAUUCGAUUUCAAUUAUUUCCCAAAAUCUCUUAACCAUUUCUGACAAAUAUUACUGAAAACCGCUAAUUUUAACGUUAUAUUCACCGAAAAAUGCUGAUAAAUAAUAAAACAAAAGAUAACUGUUGAAAAAUCGA